UGCGUCGUGAAGAAUAGCUGGCUGGUUCACGUGUAUUAAACAAAACACAGACGGUCGGUUGACAUGUCUGCGAUUUAACGGUGUCGUUGGAGUGCAACAGUGCAACAGCAGGAGCAGCAGCACCUCCACCUCCCAGACCCUUUCAACAACAGGAGACGUUUUCCGAACAUCGACGAAGCUCAAGUGGACAACACUGUCCGGUGAGAAAUGGCAGAGGGAGGCUUUGACCCUUGUGAGUGCAUCUGCACCCAAGAGUAUGCUAUGAGGCGCCUCAUCAACCUGCUGAGGCAAUCUCAGUCCUACUGCACAGACACAGAGUGCCCUCAAGAAUUGCCAGGUCCCAGCGGGCAAGUGGGCGGAGGAGGUGACCUGACCCUUCCCAUGGUUCUGAUGGGAUGGGUGGUGGUGGCUCUGGUCCUGUUCCUGCUGCGCCCCUCCAGUCUCAGGGGUCCCCGUCCCACAGGCAAACCCACUGGACCCCACAAUAGCGAUGGAAGAGAGCCCCCAGCACCUCCUGUUGACUAGCAGAGGAGCCACUCUACCAGCACUCCUCCACCUGCUCUGACUGGAGCUGCACAGUUAGCUAGUAACUAUGACCAAGACAGCGUCAUCUCCCUGUCAACCUUCAUACAAAUAUCUUUUGCUUUAUUUUCUUUUUCUAAUAACACAUCUUUGUUGGGUAGAUCUGUCUUUGAUUCUUGUUACUAGAGCCCAACUGAUAAUGGAUUGAUGAUGCCAAUGGAUAUAUGACAUUUGAGUGUUGAAAAACAUUAGAUGAUAUAAUGAUCAAUAUUAAUUUUUUGACACAAACACACAACAUGAACAAUGGUGGCAGUUAUUCUGCCUCUGCUCCAGCUUUGGUCAUUUUUGACAGGAAAUUUCAUAAUAACCACAAAAAACACAUCUUUAAAAAACAAAAAAAACAAAAAACAAAACAAAAAAACCUUGGUUUUGCAUAUCUGCCAACAUAUAUGGUGAUAUAAUGUACCUGUGAUAAGCCAGUUCUGACCGAUAAUAUUAGCCAACAAUAUCAGUGUGUUAAUGCAUCAGUUGGGUUUCUGUGUUGUGUUUCAUCACAUCUUUAAUCCAGAGGUGUGGCAUCAUUCUGAGUUAGUUCCUUUUUGCAGCUCUGGUGCAGACAGAUCUUCAGAAACUCAGACAUGAGCUCAAAUUGAAGGAAUGUUUCACAUGGGUUGGGGGAGAAGGGAGAGGGGCAGCAGAGAAGUUUUUGGGCAGUUAAAUUGUUGUUCUGGUUUUUGCUGAGUAAUGAAGGGUGGCAGGUUCUUCAGACUCUUUAAAACAUUCCUCUCUUUCCACUUUAAAGUUACAAGUCUAAACAGUGAUAGUAAUUAUGUCAUAUCACUUUUAAUAGCAUAUUUAAACCAGCACAAUGACAGACUUCAAUAGAUUUAUUUGCUUAAAUUGAAGUCUGAGUUAGUAUUUCAUGCACGAUAAUAUGGCAUGUUGAUUUUGAUGCAGUUAAUCAAUCUUAUGUGUUUACAUCCAGAUUACAUAUUCUCCUGAGCCAACAAAUACUCAGAUCUCUAAUAUACUAUAAACUAUAUUUCCAAUAACAUGCCUGUCCCUUAAACUGAUUUUAUUUGCCAACUCAAAAACAGGUUGUGAGCUCAACAAUGACAUAUUAUCACCCUAUAAUGUUCAUAUGGCAAACGGUUGCUUAUUUACACAUCCAGCAGUCAUGGAGCAACAUUAGCACUCAUUCACAUGGAGUCCUGUUUGUAUCCACUUGAUGAAUAUAGGCCUAAUUUUCACUUUUCUUUUAGCUCUGUUUUUGGUCUAUACUAACUCCUGAGGGCAAUGUCAGGCUCUUUAGCUGCUAAAUGCUAAAUGGUGCUGAGCAGGUAGUGCAUAGUGGGGUUUUAGAGCUUUUCUCUGAAAACAGAAAACAACACUAUGAGAGCGGUGAGAGUGAACCAAAACAAUAAGGUUUUUAGCCAGACAGCUAAACAAUGAGCUGGAACUUGCUAUAAAACUCUGUAAAGUUGACUGGAGCUGCUGAUUUCAGGUGAUAAUUCUGUGUAUGUUCAUCACUACCAGCAACCCCUUUCACAUUGUCUUCACAUUGUCUUC